AAAAAAAAAGGGGGUAUCCUUUUUUUUUUUUUGGUUUAUUGCUCAAUGGAUGAAUACGGGUUUGAAUCUCGAUUAAGACACUUGGAACAUAUUCUUGUUGGACAACAUAAUGCACAACUUCAAAAACUGACUCAUGAGUCGAUUUAUAAACGACUCGAACUAUUACAAAGAGAACUAAAUACAGUCUACAAAGACAACAAACCUGUAAAAGAGUUUGUAACGAAAUAUGAUGUCCAUUCAAAGAUCUUGAAUCCAACCACAUCUACCUAUAAUAUAGAAAGAGAGAUUUUGGCACCCGACGUCAAGCUUGAAUUGUUAUUAGCUGCUCAAGAAGACUUGGAAAAGUUUGCUCAAGAAGUUAAACAAAUCAAGGACUUAGAAUAUGUUGUCAAUGGAUCUGAUUUUGAUGUCAUUGAAACACUCGGUCCUCAAUUGGCUCCCUUGGAAGUGGCACAUACAAACCAAGUCAAGGAUCUCAAUGAAUUAACAAAGCACAUUUCCCAAUUUAUGGAGCGCUAUAAUGGCACUAUCAAUACAUUAUCAGAAAUAUUCAUACAGUGGGAUAAUAUUCUGACAAAUAUGGAGACACAUAUCACUGCUCUUGAACAUGAAAAGAAAGCAGCUAAAUAAUACCAAUAUUUUAUUCCGUGGGAAUCAUGAUGUUAUCUAUGCGGGGGAG